UAUUUGUCCUCAGUUUCAGAUCUGUAGGGAGUGCACUCCCAUUCUGGGGUAUUUAAGAGGCUUCAUUCUGGGUACGUCUGCACUGGAGACCAAAUAACUACCAACGAUCUACCUGUGAACCUGCUGCCUUACUGACAGGAUGAAGGUGAUAAUCUUACUUGUUCAGAUCGUGGCACUUUCAGCCGUCAAGUCAAGCUCAGUUCCUCCAGGAUUUACAGAAGAGAACGUGGCUUUACGCGGCAAGGCCACUCAAUCAAGGCUUCCAUCAGGCCCUGGGGCAGUGUUAAGCCUGGCAGCCUAUGCCAUUGAUGGAAACCGAGAUUCUGAUGCCAGCCAUGGAUCCUGUGCCCACACCACAAUCGGCCCCGACGCCUGGUGGAGGGUGGACCUGCUGAAGUCCUACUUAAUCACCUCCGUCACCAUCACCACCCGAGGAGACUGCUGUGCAGAAAGGAUCGGUGGAGCUCAGAUCCUCAUCGGCGACUCCCUGGAGAACCACGGCAUCAAUAAUGCACGGUGCAGCGAGAUUGAAACUAUGACAGCAGGAGAGACUAAAACCUUUCCCUGUCCCGGGCUAAUGCUGGGACGCUACGUGACGGUGCACCUUCCAAGAGAGAACGUCCUUCAGCUCUGUGAAGUGGAAGUGAAUGCUUUGCUUCCUCCCACUAACUUUUGUGGCUGAUACCACAUUUAAAGCUGGUCACUUUAGCCCGGUGUAGUAUGUAAGAAAUCGGGUAAAGAAAUCAAUCUUGGGAUCAAGUUUUAUUUCCUGCUUUUCAUGUACGCAACACCUGCUGAAGUUCUACUCCUGUUCUUUCUCUAAGUCGAUUUACUGAUUGAUUUUCUGUG